AUGUCUCUCCAGUUUACCAUUUCUGCCACUGCUUCCACUCCUUUCUAACCCUCCUCUCUUGGAGAGUAGCUUUCAGAGCAGGGACUAGAAAAAGACUGGAACAAAGGAAGAUAACAACGCAUAUAGGCGCUUUUCUAACCCUCCUCUUUUUAAUAUCCUUGCCUCGAUUUCCCGGCAACCCAAAAUCCAAACCCUAGUUUUUUUUUUUCCCGUAAAACCUUCUAGCCGGAUUCCAGAGCUCCGUUGGUCUCAUCCGAGCUACGGCAAUGGCGUUCUGGUGGCCAUUACUCGUCCUCGGGAUCGCCUUCGCGGUCUGCCGGUUCUUGCUCAUGCUUAUCCCCCCCAACGUCCCAUCCAUCGAAGUCGACGCCUACGAUGUGUUGGAAGAUGGGAGCCAGACCAAGGAGAACAGCUACAUUUAUCAUUUCUUGUAGUUUCGAAGAUUCUGUGCUCUUUGACGGAAAUAGAAACAUCGGAUAACAAAGAGAUGAGGAUCUGAACUGAGUUGAGCUCUCACCAAAGGAGGAAACGAGAUUAAACUAGUAAAAGUGACAAUGUGGCUGUUAGCUGGUUCCUUGCCGGAAAUUUAUGAUCGGGAGUAUAAGAUUGUUGUUGACCGGGGUUGAUACCUUUUGCAUCUUUAGGAUUUUGGUCGCUUUGAUAUUACUGGAAUUUAGCAGUUGCUCAAUACCACGAAAGGGAAAAAUGGCGCAGACUGACAAGGUUCAGUGCUAUGAGCCAGCAACGAUGAUGUACCUGGGGUAUUUUCCGGCACUGACACCUGAUGAGGUUAAGGAGCAUGUGGCACAAGCCAGAAAAGCACAAAAGAUAUGGGCACAGAGUAGCUUUAAGCAAAGACGUCAGUUUCUGCGAAUCCUUCUGAAAUACAUCAUUGAGCAUCAGGAGCUUAUAUGCGAAAUAUCUUCUCGGGAUACGGGAAAAACAAUGGUGGAUGCUUCAUUAGGAGAGAUUAUGACAACAUGUGAGAAGAUCACUUGGCUUCUAGCAGAGGGUGAGAAGUGGCUAAAGCCUGAAUACAGAUCUUCUGGAAGAUCGAUGUUACACAAGAGAGCAAAGGUGGAAUUUUAUCCUCUAGGAGUGAUAGGGGCAAUUGUUUCCUGGAAUUAUCCCUUUCACAAUGUUUUCAACCCAAUGCUAGCUGCAGUCUUUUCAGGAAAUGCUGCAGUUAUAAAGGUUUCAGAGCAUGCAAGUUGGUCUGGGUGCUUUUAUUUUCGAAUCAUUCAAGCAGCUCUUGCUGCUGUAGGAGCGCCGGAUAAUUUGGUUCAUAUAUUAACAGGAUUUGCAGAAACAGGACAGGCUCUUGUAUCUUCAGUUGACAAAAUCAUUUUUGUUGGAUCACCUGGAGUGGGCAAGAUGAUCAUGCAAAAGGCUUCAGAGACCUUGAUACCUGUCACCCUGGAGCUUGGUGGAAAAGAUGCAUUUAUUGUGUGCGAGGAUGUAGAUGUGCCUCAUGUGGUGCAAGUUGCAACUAGAGGUGCUCUCCAAUCUAGCGGACAAAACUGUGCUGGUGCUGAAAGAUUCUAUGUCCACAAAGACAUCUAUUCUACUUUUGUUGCUCAAAUAGUCAAACUUGUUAAAUCCAUUUCCGUUGGUCCACCACUAGCUGGCAGAUAUGAUAUGGGCGCAAUAUGUAUGCAAGAGCAUGCUGAAAAACUUCAAAAUCUGAUGAAUGAUGCGCUGGAGAAAGGGGCGGAAAUUGUUUGUAGGGGAAGCUUUGGCAAUUUGGGAGAAGAUGCAGUUGAUCAGUUCUUUCCUCCAACUGUUCUGGUGAAUGUUGAUCACUCCAUGAAAUUGAUGCAAGAGGAGGCUUUUGGACCAAUCAUCCCAAUCAUGAAAUUCAGUUCUGAUGAAGAGGCUGUUAAACUUGCAAAUGACUCGAAAUACGGACUUGGUUGUGCCGUGUUUUCUGGCAACCAGAAGCGUGCCAUUGAAAUAGCUUCCCAGUUGCAUUGUGGAGUUGCAGCAAUCAAUGAUUUUGCAUCAACAUAUAUGUGCCAGUCUUUGCCUUUUGGUGGUGUAAAGCACAGCGGUUUUGGAAGAUUUGCGGGUGUGGAAGGGUUGCGAGCUUGCUGUCUUGUUAAGUCAGUAGUUGAGGACAAAUGGUGGCCGUACAUUAAAACAAAGAUCCCGAAGCCCAUCCAGUACCCUGUUGCGGAGAAUGGCUUCGAGUUUCAGGAAUCACUUGUUGAAGCUCUUUAUGGCUUGAAUGUAUGGGACAGGCUGCGGGCACUGGUCGAUGUGUUGAAGAUCCUUUUAGAGCAGAACUCCGCUUCUAGGACUCUUUAGAAAGGGCACUGAGAAGGUAUAUGAAAUUUGUAUGAUUUGCUUCUACGUAUUAUGUGCAAUUAUACAAAAGAUCUUUUAAUCCUUAAAUACACUGCCUUUGCCCAGCUUUGAACAUCUUUUUUGACCUGUUUUGAUGUAGA